AUGCUCAGGUUCGAGGUUUAUUGCGGUAAGAAACAAAACAGUCAGUUUGUUGACACCAGAAGUGGACCAGCUGCUGUGGUUCGAAACCUUAAAGCCUUGUGGGAACAGCGUCGGCUGGAUCGAUCCAAGAAGCGAAUCAUCAUCACUGAUCGCGAGUAUUCUUCGGUGACGUUGAGGUUUCGUUUGAUGGACAUGGGGUACUACAAUAUCGGGACGGUUUCUACGACGCGUCUUGGCUUCCCCGAAGACUUACGGAUGCCGCGCGGCUCAUACAUUCUUGCUCGGAACAAUACGAAUCGUCAAAUGUACUCGGCGCGGUGGGUUGACUCGAAAAUUUGCUACUUUGUGGCGACUGGGGCCUCCGUUAGACUUGCGAUUAUGCGGAGGAAGCAAAAGGACGGCUCACAGGCAAACAUUCCGUGUCUGGAGUUUGUGGUAUUGUACAACAAGUACAUGGGGGUGUUGACAGUCACGGCCAGUUACGUCUGCAAAGGUACGUGUUGCUCUGUUGCGGCUCUGCUGCCCAUCACUAACACCGAAAAUACUUUUGACUAG